GUGGACCUUUCCCUCAGGCAGAGGCUAUCUUCGACCCUUCGGACGCCUCUCUCGCCACCCGUGGGACACAGUCAUCAAGGCAGCCAUGAGGAAGUACCCGAAUCCCAUGAACCCCUGUGUUGUGGGUGUCGACGUGCUGGAGCGCAGUGUGGAUGGCCGGGGCCGGCUUCACAGCCACCGCCUCCUCAGCACCGAGUGGGGGCUGCCCAGCCUUGUGAGAGCGAUUUUGGGGACCAGUAGGACUUUGACAUACAUCAGAGAACAUUCUAUCGUGGAUCCAGUAGAAAAGAAAAUGGAGCUCUGCUCCACCAAUAUCACACUCACAAACUUGGUGUCAGUGAGUGAGAGGCUGGUGUACACACCCCACCCGGAGGACCCAGGAAAGACCGUGCUCACCCAGGAAGCUGUCAUCACUGUGAAGGGAGUCAGCCUCGGCAGCUAUCUGGAGAGUUUAAUGGCCAACACGAUAUCGUCCAACGCAAAGAAGGGCUGGGCCGCUAUUGAGUGGAUAAUUGAAAAUGCGGAACGCGCACUGAGCUAA